UCGCGCGGAGUAGAGCCGAGCGUCGGCAGCAGCGACACACGCCGCGGCGCACGCAUACCUCGCGCGACUUUUUGCAGCACCUCUACAGUAAUAUACACAGUCACACACACGCAGCAGAGCAGCAGCAGCAGCAGCAGCUCCGCUCCAACCAUGAUAUACCUGCGCCGCUGUACUGUGCACCUGUAAUAACAUAUAUCUUGUAAAAGUUUCUCGGAGCUGCGCGAGAUGAGCAGCCUCGUCGUCGUUGCUCCUGCUGUUGCUGUCUGCUCGGCCGACCCAUCGUCGUCAUCGUCAUCAACGCUAAGCGACGAUUUUCCAGCAGUGCCGCCGCGACGAUAACGACGCGACAAUACACAGUGAAUUACAACAGCUCGCAUUGCCCCCAGGUGUAACUCCACAUAUAUACAUACGCACGUAUCUGUAUAAGUGUCUGUAAUAUCUGUACAGCGAAGAGGCAAUUAUGCUAUCCCGGUGAGCCAGAAAACGACAGAUAAGGCAUUCGUGUACGUGCCUGGAUAGACACACGAUCACACGGCAGGAAUUUUUGGGUGCAAUAUACAAGCUGUAUAUAGAUAUAUAUACGUAAUAAAAAUAUAAAUAUCGCGAGUAUCAGUGCUGUAAUAGUCGCGAGUGUCGCCCGGAACAGCAGCAACAGCAACAGCAGCAGCGGAAAUGGGCGAGGUAGAGACGAUCGCCCUGCUGAGAUCCGAGAUCGAGCGGUUGACGCGCGAGCUCGAUGUCACCUCCACGGAGAAGGUCCAGUCGGCCCAGUACGGCCUGGCCCUGCUCUCCGAGAAGGGCAUACUGCAGGAGAGGUGCAACGAGCUCGAGCACCUCUACGAGAGCACCAAGCACGAGCUCGACAUCACGCAGGAGGCAUUGGCAAAAUUUCAAACAACUACAAAAUUGACAACGCGCAGUGGCAUUGAACAGGAGGAAAGUUUGCUCAGUGAAAGUGCAGCGAGAGAAACAAGUUUACAAACACAAAUCAUUGACUUGGAGAAUGAAGUUAAACAGCUUCACCAAGAGUUGGAACGGGUGACUUCUGAACGAGAUCUUGCAUUCAGAGAGAAGGACAAAUUAAGCGAUGAGUGCUCAAAAGCAAAAACUGACCGCCUUCAUUUAUCGAGUGAGCUGAAAGAAACUGUUGCUAGGGAGCAACGAUUAUUAGGAGAAUUGCAUGAACUCGAUGAGGAUUAUACAUCUCUUCACAAGACAUUAUCAACUAUGCAACAGAGUUUGUCAGAAUUUGAGGUUGCCAAACAUGAAGUUGGAAGAUUGACAGAGGAAGUUGAAUAUCUCAACAGCCAAGUAGAAGAGUUGACAAACUUGAAGCAAAUCGCUGAUAGGCAAAUGGAAGAAGCAAUAGAAUCUUUACAAGCUGAAAGAGAAGCCAAAAAUAUGCUCAAAAAAGAACUUGAUCACAAAAUGAAUAGUGAAUCGCACUACAACUUAAGCAAUCUUCUCUCAAUUCAUGGUAUGCCCAAUGAUAAUACCAUGGGCAGUGACUGUGAAGAUGAUUCUUCAGUUUUGAGAAGAAUAGAAGAAGAUUUAAAAUCACAUGAACCUGGAACGUCAGCACCUUCUAAACCGGUUGAUUUAUUCUCUGAGAUCCAUUUGAAUGAAUUGAAAAAACUUGAAAAACAACUUGAAGCUGCAGAAGCAGAAAAACUUAUACUCUCUCAAAACUUGAAAGAGUCACAGUCAUCUGUUGAUAAGAGUCAAGCAGAAUUAGAAAAUUUUACAGCGCGUAUUAUUCAAUUAGAUUCUCAUGUGAAAACUUUACAACAUAUUUACUCAAAAUUGCCUGAACAGCAAAAGAGUAAUACUUUGGAAAAACUUGACUUGGCUAUUGUACAAUAUCGCCAAUGGAGUGAGAUGUCUGCUCAAGAAGUCCAAGAACUUCAGAACAAUUUGAAUGAUAUUGAAAAAGGGCUUAGAAUUUCCGAUUCUACUCAACAUUUGAAAACAGAACUCACUAAUUUACGUAACAAGCUUCUGGACACAGAACAAAGAAGUAUGCUGCUAGAAUCAGAUGUCAAUACAUUGUCAAAACUCGCUGCAGAAGCUGGAAGUUCUCUUGAAUCAGCACAAAAUGAUCUUCAAAACAUUUCAGAUGAAAUAUCACAGCUUUAUCACCACGUUUGUACAGUAAAUGGAAAAACACCAGCACAGGUCAUACUGGAUCAUGAAAAAACUAUCCCUGGAUCUGGAGAAGAAAACAAUCAAAUUGAAUGGUGCAGAACUUUGUUCAAAACAGAUAUCAAAAUUAAAGAUCUCGAGAGUCUUAGUAAAGCAAAUGAAAUUAAUAAGAGCAUCGCAACAACUACAGAUCAAAUCAAGUACUUGAAAAAAGCUGUAGAGCACACUAUUGAGCUAUCUAAAGCUAAUGGUAUUAGAACUGGAAUGUGCAGCACUUGUGAAGCUUCUGAGAAUGGCAAUAAGGAAAUAGCAGAUCUUCAAGAGCAAGUCAUCCGAUUGAAAUCGUUGCUAUCUGCGAAACGAGAACAAAUAGCAACUCUGAGAACAGUAUUGAAAUCCAAUAAGAAUACCGCCGAAGUGGCGUUAAGCAAUCUCAAGAGCAAAUACGAAAAUGAAAAGACCAUUGUGAACGAGACGAUGGUCAAGUUGAGAAACGAGCUUAGGACAUUGAAAGAGAACGCAGCCACCUUUUCGAGUCUGCGAGCCAUGUUCGCGGCGCGCUGCGAGGAGAACGCGACCCGCGAGCUCGAGCUGCAGCACCAGCUGGCCGUCGCCGAGGAGGACCGCAAGACCCUGAACCAGCUGCUGCGACUCGCGGUCGAGCAGAAGCUCCACCUGACGAUGAAGGUCGAGGAGCUGGAGGUCGACCGGGAGAUGCGCAGCACGAGACGCCACCCGAACAGCGGCACCGGAGGCGGUGGCGCGGGUGGUGGCGGCGGCGGAGGAGUCGGAGUCGGAGGAGCAGGCGGAGGCGGAGGCGGCGGUGGCAACGCCGUGGGCAACGGCAGCCGUGGCCGAGGCGGCCGCCUCAAUCACUAUCAGAACCGUCCCAAUCAGGGUAGAGACUUUUUCUAGAAAAUAAUCAAGAUGUGGAGCAAGACGAUGUACUACCGACAGCAGCAGCAGCAGCAACGAUCCGGUAAGCCGGACGCGGCGCCCCAGCCAGAGAGAUAUUAAUAUAAAUAACACGAUAUCGUCUCUCUGCUCCACGUCGUGCAAUAUCACACUUUUUUCUCUCUCUCACUCUCUCUUUCUCUCUGCCUCUUGUUAAAUACGAUGGCAUCGGGGAGGGAAUUUCUCCGAUGCCCAAGUCCAUUUACUCGAAAUAAUAUUAUAUACUUAUUUAUAUAUUACAUAUUAUAUAUAAUAAAAAUAGUUUCGCGAGCGCCCACGUGGGUGUCGGACGUGCGAUGUGAAACAUUUUUUUAGAUCGUUUUGAAGUGCACUCUGCGCGAAUGUGAGAUUUUUUAAACACGAUGACUGUGCGGUAGAAAUGAAUUGAAACGAGAAAUUUUUAAAAACUUAUGCUCUUAUUAUGUAUGAUUACGCAGCGAUUAUUAUGUUAUUUAUUUACAGUUAUGAAAUCAAAGAGAGAUAGUAUUCCGUUCCAGUUGUAUUUUUUUUUUUUUUUCUAUGAAACUUUUUUAUUUUUAUACUUUCUUGUGUCUACUUUUCGAUUAGAGAUUCAUUGUUUCAGUUUCGAGUGACGUAAUAAUACGAAUCUGUCAAUUAAAGAAUUAGCUGCGAGCGAAAUUGGGCAAUGAAAUCUUACCGCAAAGUAUUCGCAAGUUGCGAUUUGUGCUCUUAUUCGAUUCGAUUAUACCAAUGAAAAACUCAGAUAUACACACAUAUAUUUUUUAUAAAUUAUCAAAUGAAUUCAUUAAAUCUGCCUUGUAAAAUAUUUUAUUUAUACAUAAGGCUGGCAGCUACACUAACAUUGUAUAAUCAAUUUUAAGUAUGUUAUAAUUUUUACGCAUUAAGUUUCAAUCGAUCACGAUAAUGAUUUUGAUUAGUGCAAAAGUAUACUUGUAUACAUGUUAAUACACGAGACAUCCGAAUGGUCCCUCUGCACGCGAAAUUUGCCAAAUGUCAGGGCUAAUCGAUAGCGAGUGAGAGA